UACCGGGCUCCACAAUACCGCAAAAGAUUGUGACAGAUAAUUUUAGAAAAAAGAGAAAAACUUGAUUCAAGAUACCAAAUACGCGCGUUCGUCUGAGUUUAUGUAACUUUAGCAAUCGCAUUGCAGCACUGACCCAAAGAACAGCUGAACGGCAAUGCGAACAAUAUGAACGGCAAAGAAGCAGCAGGCCGGGAAUUCAAGCGCAAUUCAAACGCCUACGCAAGCCUGCCCGCAACAACAACUAAAGUGAAACGUAAACAGCAGCAACAACAACGACAAAAGCCGCUUCAAGAGCCAGAAAGAUAUGGAUUAUCGCACAGUUUAUCCAGCGAAUCGAUAAAACAGGCGUGCGACUAUUACGAUGAUGAGCCAAGCGAUGAGGAUCUAAUUGAGGUACAGCAAACGCCCCAGAGCUUCCAUCAACAACAGCAGCAGCAUCCGCAUCCAAUUAGCUUUAAUAUGCCGCUGUCUGUAGACAACGAACGAGAUGCAUUCUGUGACGUAAACCAGGAACCACCCUUGAGCACGCCCAUCAAACAGUCAACCGUUGUGCCGGAUGAGGCGCUAAGUGUGCUUAAUGAGCUGGAUGCCAUACUCGAUGUGCACGGCGCAUCUCAGCUCAAUGACAGCUGUAAGUCCACCUGCGAUACACCAUCCUCCGAUGACGACAAGGUCGAGGACUACCUCAUGGAUCUGGACAACUACCUGGAGGAGCUGGACAAAGAAGAUCCGCUAGCCAUUGCUACUGGCCAGCCAAGCUUGCCCUACGAACCCGCACGCACACGUACUCUGUCCCUGAGUCGUAAACGCAAACAGCAGAAGCCUUCGUCAGGGGAUGCGUAUCCAGUCGUGGAUGCAGAAUUUCAGCGUGGGCACCAAAUGAGGAAAACCUUCAGCUGUGGCCUAACGCCCACAAGCCCAAAAGGUGGCGCGAAUGCAUCCCUUGAAGCGGGUGCCAUUGGUGUUGGGCAGGUGGACGUGUGGAGAAGGCAAUCGAUGCGCCGCGCCAUGGGCAGUGCUGAGGAAUCCAAAUCUGAAGGAUUGGUCGAGAAGGAGCAGGAGGAGGAGCAAAUCGAGCAGGAGACGUAUUCGAGGGCGUUGCUUGUGCAGCUCCCCGACUGCGAGCCAAGUACCGCCAACGAGAUGCGACGCAGCUUCUCACAUGGCAACUGCCAGCAGGGACAGGAAAUGCUAACCGAGACGCAGAUCUUUAACAAUCUGCUGCAGAACGAGCAGCGCACGGCGCGCGCUGUCAGCGAACAGCUAGACCAGCGACCGCGGCAAUACGGACGACGGUUCGAAGGGCAUCCGUCCAUGAGUCCGGCACGUGGCAUUGGCAUUGGAGUUGGACUUGUCGCCUCGCCACUCAGUCGUCCGCAAAGUGCGCCCGCGCAAACGCAGCAAGCAACCGAGACGCUGGAGAGGCCCACCCAUGCCAUGAUGUCGACUCUCUGCUCAGACCUAAGCUCAGCGCGCUCCUCGCGCAUACCCAGCCCCGUCUCGCUAGUGAGCAGCAGCAGUAGCGGCAGCAGCGAUAGCUCCACGGUCAGUACGGCGGCCGACCAGGAUCAACUGGAGCUGGCGCAGACGCAGAGAACGAUGUGCAGCGGCAGCAGUGGAGCCGGCAGCACAACCCCACUGGAGCCGCAGCAGCUGCACGAGAAAUGUGGCUUCAAUAGCCAAUGGCCGCACGCAGCGAGUCGCACGCUCGCCCUGAUUGGCUGUACCCUGGGCGUGUUUAAUCUCUGCCGCUUUGCAGUGCUCACCAUUAACUACGGCGGGAACUUUCUCCUGCAGUUUCUGAUGCUGUCCAUCAUAUUUGGCAUACCUUUGUUCUGGUUGCAGAUGUGCUUGGGUGCCAAGAUCAAAGCGGGUCCCGUUUCCAUGUGGAGGAUAAGUCCCAUCUGCUCUGGCGUAGGCAUUGCUUUGACCAUGGUCCAGUGCUUCCUGGCCAUCUACUCCACUGUCGCGGUUGCCUGGAUCCUCGUCUACCUGCGCGACGUUUUUCCCUCGCCCAUGUACGCGCACAACGUAUAUCGGUGGCAAAAGCAGCCGUUUCCCUACCACUACGACGCCCUCAACGAUACGGGCAAUCUGACCAAUACGGUGGCUGAGUACUUCAAUAUCGUGGUGCUUCAGCGCCUGCACUUGGCUAAGCAUCCGGAUGUGGGCGGCAUGCGAUUCCAUGUUAAUGAUCGGCAGCUGGCGGCCUGCUUGGUCCUCAUCUGGGCAGCCGUCUUUCUAAUACUCUGCAAGGGCCUCAAGUCCUUGGGCAAGCUGACCUACCUAAUCAACACAAUACCGUUCCUGGCUCUGAUCGCUGUUACUGGCAAAUUUUUCAGCAUUGUGGAUCCAGCAAGCCUACAGAACGUUUUUGCAGCAAGUGAUUUUGAUGACUUUCUGGUAAAUUCAAAUACAUGGACAGCGGCCACGCAGGAGACGUUUCUGACGUGGGGUCUGCUGGGCGCCUCGGUGAUAGCCAUCACAAGUCGCACCCACGCGAAUGCCAGCAAGGCGACACUGCGACGCGAUGCAAUACUCCUCGUGCUGCUCACGCUGCUCGGUUUGAGUCUCGUGGCGCUUCUGGCGAUGUGUUGUGAGCAGAUUCUGCGGCAACACGGCUACAUUUAUGUGCCUGGCUCGUUUGAGACUCCGGAUUCGUAUACUUCCGUGUAUUCGCUGCAGGCGCACCCAAAUCCGCAGUUACUGUCCUAUCCGCGUUCGUUGGUGCCGCACUACUCCUCGUUUUUGGGCGAGACCUAUCGAAGGAACAAGACCAUAUUGCACAUAGAGAGUGGCUUUCAGGCACUGCGCUUCAUUACGGAGCUGUUGCCUGCCGUUCUAUCGCUGGCUAGCGAUGCUGUCUCCUGGGUCUGGGCCGCGGUUGCCUUUGGCUUGUUCGCGGGCUUUGGUCUGGCGCAGCUGUGCGUCAUGUGGAAGCCCAUUUCGAGUGCACUGGGCAACUCGACGAGCUCCGUGCUGCUUAGUUGCGUGACUGGGAUGCUGCUGAGCAUACCGUUUGCCACAGAAAUGGGAAUCUCCAUAUUGUAUUAUGUGGACUUCCUGCUUGGCGGGUCUUGGUUCAUACCCAUCAUUUGGGCAGCGCAAAUAUUUGGCGUGUUCCUCAUACGCGGCCGCCCCUACAAUGGCGACGAUCUGGUCAACGACUUGCGCAUGUGCGGCUCCAUGUCGGCAUUCCUGGCGCUCUCCUGGAAUGUGCUGCUGCCGAUUGGCCUAAUCACUCUCUCGGUGAUUGACUACAAAGCCUCGUUGUCCAACCAGUUCUAUUACUGGCGCGGCAAGUCCUACUUCAGCUACUGGAGCCGGAAAAUGGGUAGCCUCAUACAAAUUGGCAUUGUGCUCAUUAUUCCCGUCACAGCCAUUGUGCAGAUCUACCGCUACUUGACCAACGGUCCUCCAGAUAUACUCGAGCGCAUUCAACACCUAUAUCGUCCGCCCGCGGAGGGUGAUACGUUGCGCCGCCCCUCCGCUCGCCAGCGGUCAGCCUUGGAGCGGCAAAAUGCCUCCACCCAGCAGCAGGAUAGUGCUCAACAUGAUGCACAAAAUGAUGCGCCACCCAAGUACACGCCACCGCCAUCCUACACUACAGCCACGGGAGCUCGGUUGGCCAAAAUGUUGCGUCAGAGCAUCAGACGCAGUGUGCGAAGAGUCCUCGGCGAUUCAUCUAGUCGCACACGUCCAAUACUUUCCUUGGAUACCGAGACACCCUCGCCCGUCGCACCGCCAGAUUAUUUGACAAUAUUAACGAAUCCUUCUGGCUCCGGGGUUACCGUUGCUGCUCCCGCCGAUGGCAACAGCAGUCCGGAGUUUAUUGAGAUAGGCCAGCGUCCAAGUGGCUAUGCUCAGCGAUCACAGUCGCUGGGUCGUAAAAUCCACAGGGCUUCCGUGUCUGCUUCGGCUUCGUCGGCGGCCACACUGGAGCGUGGUAACAGCAGUCAUUCUCUUCAACGCCCCUAUACAGCCGAGGAUGUGGUUACCAUAUUGCGUUCCUCGGUGCGGCAUCGACCGCAGUCCCGGCAAAUUACUGGCGCGUCGGCCACAACGCUGCCUCGUCCACCUGCUAUGUCCACGCACCUGGAGGAUGCAUCGUUUCGUUCGAUUGAAAAUCUGGUUCUCAAUGCAGAGCCGCCGGACCAAACGCCCGGGGUUGACGUUGGCGUGGGCCAUGCGGAACAACAUAAUAAUAAUACAUCUGUGAUCUAAUGACUAAUAUAUAUCAUAUCGUAUCAUGUCGAACCGUACCGUACCGUAAAGUACAUAUACUAUUUACAUACGUAUAGACUAUUCUACUGAGAAUCACAUAUCUGCUUGCUUUCUUAGACUGGAUUAGCGCUAGUUCAAUACGAAUUAUAAUUUGUAGCUAUGUCGAAUAAUUAUCUAAUAAUAAAAACUAGUAUUUGACGACAACAACAAACAAUAAUAA